CAUCUCUUGCGCUCUCCGCCUCGCCUUUUCCCCUCCCCGCGCUUGCUUGCCAAGGCAGUGAGCCGGCCGGCCGAGCGGCAUGGAGACGCGGCAGCUCCCGGGGGCCCCGGCCCUCCUCCUCCUCCUCCUCCUUUGCACCCUCUCAUCUGCCAGUCAGAACCUGGAGGUGAUCGACCUGCUGACUGUGGCUGAGUCCCGGCAGAUGGUCCCUGUUGUGGAGAAGAUCCGGAUGGCCUUACUCACUGUGGGGGACAUCUACCUCUUGGCCACCUUCCGCCUGCCCCCCAAGCAGGGUGGUGUCCUCUUUGGCCUCUACUCCCGUCAGGAUAACACGCGCUGGCUGGAAGCCUCCGUAGUGGGCAAGAUCAACAAAGUGUUGGUGCGCUAUCAGCGGGAGGAUGGCAAGGUACACACCGUGAGCCUCCAGCAAGCCAGCCUGGCAGAUGGGCGUACACACACAGUGCUCUUGCGGUUGCGGGGCCCCGCCUGGCCCAGCCCUUCCCUGCAGCUCUAUGUGGACUGCAAACUGGCGGACCAGCACUCUGGUCUCCUGCCCCUGGCCCCCAUCCCUCCCUCGGAGGUGGACAGGCUGGACAUCAGAACUGGACAGAAGGCAUACCUGAGGCUGCAGGGCUUCAUGGAGUCUCUGAAGAUGAUCCUGGGUGGCUCCAUGGCCCGUGUUGGGGCACUGAGUGAGUGUCUGUUCCAGGGGGACGAGUCCAUCCAUAGUGCAGUGACCCAAGCCCUUCACUCCGUCCUCGGGGAGCAGACCAAGGCCCUGGUCACCCAGCUCACCCUCUUCAACCAGAUCCUGGUGGAGCUGCGCGAUGACAUCCGGGACCAGGUGAAGGAGAUGUCACUGAUCCGAAACACCAUCAUGGAGUGCCAGGUGUGCGGAUUCCAUGAGCAGCGCUCCCACUGCAGCCCCAACCCUUGCUUCCGGGGUGUGGACUGCAUGGAGGUGUAUGAAUACCCCGGCUACCGCUGUGGGCCCUGCCCCACUGGCCUCCAGGGCAAUGGCACCCACUGUGCCGACAUCAAUGAGUGCGCUCAUGCUGACCCUUGCUUCCCCGGUGCCCGCUGUAUCAACACCAUGCCCGGCUUCCACUGCGAGGCCUGCCCGCCUGGCUACAGAGGAACCCGUGUGUCAGGUGUGGGCAUCGACUACGCCCGGGCCAGCAAACAGGUCUGCAAUGACAUCGAUGAAUGCAAUGAUGGCAACAAUGGUGGCUGUGACCCCAACUCUAUCUGCACCAACACCAUGGGCUCUUUCAGGUGCGGCCCCUGCCGCCUGGGCUUCCUGGGCAACCAGAGCCAAGGCUGCAUCCCCGCACGGACCUGCCAGAGUCCAGCCCACAGCCCCUGCCACAUCCAUGCACACUGUCUCUUUGAACGCAACGGUGCUGUGUCCUGCUUGUGCAAUGUGGGCUGGGCUGGCAAUGGGAACGUUUGCGGGCCCGACACAGACAUCGAUGGUUACCCGGAUCAGGCUCUACCCUGCAUGGACAACAACAAGUACUGCAAACAGGACAACUGCCUUCUGACACCCAACUCGGGGCAAGAAGAUGCUGACAACGAUGGUGUGGGUGACCAGUGUGAUGAUGACGCUGAUGGGGAUGGGAUCAAGAAUGUGGAGGAUAACUGCCGGCUGCUGCCCAACAAGGACCAGCAGAACUCAGACACAGAUUCAUUUGGUGAUGCUUGUGACAACUGCCCCAAUGUCCCCAACAAUGACCAGAAAGACACGGAUGGCAAUGGGGAGGGCGAUGCCUGUGACAACGAUGUGGAUGGGGAUGGUAUCCCCAAUGGACUGGACAACUGCCCAAAGGUCCCCAACCCCCUGCAGACAGAUAGGGACGAGGAUGGUGUGGGUGAUGCCUGUGACAGCUGUCCUGAGAUGAGCAACCCUACCCAGACAGAUGCAGACAGCGACCUGGUGGGGGACGUCUGUGACACCAAUGAAGACAGCGACGGGGAUGGGCACCAGGACACCAAGGACAACUGCCCCCAGCUGCCCAACAGCUCCCAGCUGGAUUCAGAUAAUGAUGGGCUUGGAGACGAGUGUGAUGGAGAUGAUGACAAUGAUGGUGUCCCAGAUUAUGUGCCUCCUGGUCCUGACAACUGUCGUCUGGUCCCCAACCCCAACCAGAAGGACUCAGAUGGCAAUGGUGUGGGUGACGUGUGCGAGGAUGACUUUGAUAAUGACGCAGUUGCUGACCCCCUGGAUGUGUGUCCCGAGAGCUCAGAGGUGACCCUCACGGACUUCCGGGCCUACCAAACUGUGGUGCUGGACCCUGAGGGUGAUGCCCAGAUUGACCCAAAUUGGGUCGUGCUCAAUCAGGGCAUGGAAAUUGUCCAGACCAUGAACAGCGACCCUGGGCUGGCAGUUGGAUACACAGCCUUCAAUGGAGUGGACUUUGAAGGCACCUUCCAUGUGAACACGGUGACCGACGAUGACUAUGCAGGCUUCCUCUUCAGCUACCAGGAUAGUGGUCGAUUCUAUGUGGUCAUGUGGAAGCAGACAGAGCAGACAUACUGGCAGGCUACUCCCUUCCGGGCUGUGGCCCAGCCUGGGCUGCAGCUCAAGGCAGUGACAUCCAUGUCUGGUCCUGGUGAGCACCUCCGAAAUGCCCUGUGGCACACUGGCCACACCCCAGAUCAGGUGCGGCUGCUGUGGACGGAUCCCCGCAACGUGGGCUGGCGGGACAAGACCUCCUACCGCUGGCAGCUGCUGCACAGGCCUCAAGUGGGCUACAUCCGGGUGAAGCUUUACGAAGGCCCCCAGCUGGUGGCAGACUCUGGGGUGAUCAUAGACACCUCCAUGCGUGGGGGCCGCCUGGGGGUGUUCUGCUUCUCCCAGGAAAACAUCAUCUGGUCCAACCUCCAGUACAGAUGCAAUGACACCGUGCCCGAGGACUUUGAGCCAUUCCGGAGGCAGCUGCUGCAAGGAAGGAUGUGACCACAUGGCGGAGGGAUCCAGAGUCCUGACCAGACAUGGGGCCUUGGGGUCCCAAUGGGAGACCCUGGGGUGUUACCUCCAGUGCCUCCACCAGACGGCUCCGUACUCCCCCACCCAGCUGCCCUCAGCCCCAGACCGGAGGUGGCCCGCUGUUUGGAGGGGAGGCUUCCAAAGGCUACUUCUCAGGCACCAGCCCCAGGAACGGUGGCAGCACUUCGCCAUAAAGUUUGUUGUUUUCUAAGCCA